AUGGGUAAGAUGAACCUUGUUCUUAUUUAUCUCCUCGCCUCCGUUGUAAAUGCUGGCCGUAUUCUCGUCUUGCUUGAGAGCCUUGGUGCCAGGGAGACCCAUUCGCUUUUCUUUCGCUCUCUUCAAGAUAGAGGGCAUCAGCUGGUGUUUCGAACUGCGGACGAUCCAUCGCUCAGUCUAAUAAAGUUCGGUGAACUAAGUUACGAUCACUUAAUUGUAUUCGCGCCAUCUGUAGAGGGUUCGUGGUUGGCUCGAUUUUCUUCGUUUAUUGUGAUCUACGCUUUAGAGUUCGGUGGCUCUAUCACGGUUGACGAGAUCACUCGCUUCGUUGAUGAGGGAGGCAACUUGUUAGUAGCAGGUGGGCCGAACCUUGGGCGGGCAGUGCGUGAAUUGGCCGUGCAACAUGGGUUUGAGUUCGAUGAGCCUGAUACUAUGGUCAUCGAUCACCAAAACUACGAUGCUCACCUUGAUGAUGGAUAUCAUACUACUAUCGUGGCCACAAAUCAACAGUUGCUGAACUCCAAAAUAAUCGUGGGAGAGGUUACAAAGUUGAACCCUAUUCUGUACAAGGGUUCGGCGUUGAUUUCACACAAGAAGAACCUUCUGGGUUUGGAUAUUUUGUGGGGCACUCCAACAAGUUAUUCUUAUAAUCCGACAGCUGCAAUAGAUGAGUUAAGUUAUCCUGCUGCCAUUGGGAAACAAUUGUUGAUGAUUGGCGCACUGCAAGCGCGAAACAAUGCUCGAGCGAUCUUCACCGGCUCACUUGAUAUGUUUUCUGACGCCUUUUUCACUGCUUACGUCCAUAAAGCUGGAAGUGAUGAAAAAGCCGUCCAGUCGGGAAAUCUGGAAUUAGUGACAGCGCUAUCGAAGUGGGUACUUAAAGAGAAUGGCGUGUUGCGAGUGAAAAAGGUGGAGCAUCAUCUUAGCGGAAAACACGAGAUUCCUCGAGAAUACACAAUUAUGGAUGAUGUGGAAUAUGCAAUCGUAAUCGAGGAGCUUAGUGAUGGUAAGUGGCGUCCGUUUAGUGGGAAAGAUGUGCAACUUGAGUUUGUUCGCAUUGAUCCUUUUGUGAGAAUAACUCUCACCAAUAAGAAUGGUCAUUUUUCGACUCGUUUUAAACUUCCGGAUAUUUAUGGCGUUUAUAAAUUCCUAGUUGAUUAUCGCCGCGUGGGAUAUACACAUCUGUAUAAUACCCAACAGGUGUCUGUGCGGCCCUUACUGCACAAUCAGUACGAGCGAUUUGUACGAUCGGCCUACCCAUACUAUGCGUCAUCAUUUUCCAUGAUGGUGGGAGUAGUGCUAUUCUCGCUCGUUUUUCUCCAUUUCAAGGAACCUGCCAAGGAAGUUCCUACGACAAAGAAGACGAACUAG